CGGCGCGCUGGAGCGUCUUCCGGCCGUGCGUUUGUGGCCGUCCGGCCUCCCUGACAUGCAGAUUUCCACCCAGAAGACAGAGAAGGAGCCAGUGGUCAUGGAAUGGGCUGGGGUCAAAGACUGGGUGCCUGGGAGCUGAGGCAGCCGCCGUUUCAGCCUGGCCAGGUGUGUUGUGGGUGUAUUGGGUACCAAUGCGUGCAAACUCCCUGCCUGGGGGCAGCCACAGUCUCCUCAGUCUGCACCAGGAGCACCAGUCUCACCCAGGGAAGAGACAGGACAAAGUGGGGCAGCGUGUGCCUCUGCAGAAGAAAGCAGAUCAAGGGGACGGUUUCAGAGGAAGUGAAAACAGCCCUCUGGACCCCGAGGUUGGACCCUACUGUGACACACCUACCAUGAGGACACUCUUCAACCUCCUCUGGCUUGCUCUGGCCUGCAGCCCUGUUCACGCUACCCUGUCAAAGUCAGAUGCCAAAAAAGCCGCCUCAAAGACGCUGCUGGAGAAGAGUCAGUUUUCAGAUAAGCCGGUGCAAGAGCGGGGUUUGGUGGUGACGGACCUCAAAGCUGAGAGCGUGGUUCUUGAGCAUCGCAGUUACUGCUCGGCAAAGGCCCGGGACAGACACUUUGCUGGGGAUGUACUGGGCUAUGUCACUCCGUGGAACAGCCAUGGCUACGAUGUCACCAAGGUCUUUGGGAGCAAGUUCACACAGAUCUCGCCCGUCUGGCUGCAGCUGAAGAGACGUGGCCGUGAGAUGUUUGAGGUCACGGGCCUCCACGACGUGGACCAAGGGUGGAUGCGAGCUGUCAGGAAGCAUGCCAAGGGCCUGCACAUAGUGCCUCGGCUCCUGUUUGAGGACUGGACUUACGAUGAUUUCCGGAACGUCUUAGACAGUGAGGAUGAGAUAGAGGAGCUGAGCAAGACUGUGGUCCAGGUGGCAAAGAACCAGCAUUUCGAUGGCUUCGUGGUGGAGGUCUGGAACCAGCUGCUAAGCCAGAAGCGCGUGGGCCUCAUCCACAUGCUCACCCACCUGGCUGAGGCUCUGCACCAGGCCCGGCUGCUGGCCCUCCUGGUCAUCCCGCCUGCCAUCACCCCCGGGACCGACCAGCUGGGCAUGUUCACGCACAAGGAGUUUGAGCAGCUGGCCCCUGUGCUGGAUGGUUUCAGCCUCAUGACCUACGACUACUCCACAGCGCAUCAGCCUGGCCCUAAUGCACCCCUGUCCUGGGUUCGAGCCUGCGUCCAGGUCCUGGACCCCAAGUCCAAGUGGCGAAGCAAAAUCCUCCUGGGGCUCAACUUCUAUGGUAUGGACUACGCGACCUCCAAGGAUGCCCGUGAGCCUGUGGUCGGGGCCAGUGUUCAUGGAGCCUCUUGAAUCUGUGCAUGUGUACUCCUAGCAAAUUUGGAAAAUAUGGGGCCAAAUUCUUCAAAUAUUUUUUCUGUUUCUUCUGUCCUCUCCUUUGGAGACCACAAACACUAGAUCCAUUGAAUUUGUCCCACAGCUCACGAAUACACCUUUUACCUUUUGGAAUUCUUUUUUUUUUUUUUUUGAGAUGGAAUCUCACUCUGUCGCCCAGGCUGGAGUGCAGUGGCGCAGUCUUGGCUCACUGCAAGCUCCGCCUCCCAGGUUCACGCCAUUCUCCUGCCUCAGCCUUCUGAGUAGCUCGGACUACAGGCAUCUGCCACCACGCCCUACUAAUUUUUGUAUUUUUAGUAGAGAUGGGAUUUCAAUGCGUUAGCCAGGAUGGUCUUGAUCUCCUGACCGCAUGAUCCACCUGCCUCGGCCUCCCAAAGUGCUGGGAUUACAGGUGUGAGCCACCACACCGGGCCGGGCUUCCUUUUUCUCUGUUUUGUUUUUUUUUUUUUUUUGAGACAGGGUCUCACUCUGUCGUCCAGGUUGCAGUGCACUGGUGUGAUCAUAGCUCACUGCAGCCUCAACCUCCUGGGCUGAAGCCAUUCUCCCACCUCAGCCUCGCAAAUAGCAGGGACCACAGGUGCAUGCCACCAUGCCCCGCUAAUUUUUGUAUUUUUUUGUAGAUACAGGGCUUUGCCAUGUUGUCCAGGCUGGUCUCAAAUUCCUAGGCUCAAACGAUCCUCCUGCCUCAGCCUCCCAAAUUUGCUGCGAUGACAGGCGCGAGCCACCGAGCCCGGCCAACAUGUUAUAAUUCUCUAGAGGCUUGUUUGGGGUCCCCUUUACGUCUUCCAUGUCUCUACUAAACUUUUGCAGAUUGCGA